UCUCACACUACUGAUGUCUGCUCCGUGUCUAGAUUCCCAGGGUUUGUUUUGCCGUGCCUUGGAGUUCACCCGGUUCAAGAGGUUUCGCCAGAGGAGCAGCGCAGUGUUACUUUGCAGGAUCUAGAUGCUGCAUUGCCGCUUAUAGAACUCUACAAAGAUAAAUUGGUGGGGAUUGGAGAAGUUGGACUAGAUUUCACUCCCAGAUUUGCCAGCACGGAUGAACAGAAGGAAGGACAAAGACAGGUGUUGAUCAAGCAGAUUGAGUUAGCGAGAAGACUGGAUUUGCCUUUAAAUGUUCAUUCCCGUUCAGCUGGAAGACCAACCAUUAAUGUCUUAAAGGAACAAGGUGCUACAAAGGUGUUGCUCCAUGCAUUUGAUGGGAAGCCAUCUGUAGCGAUGGAAGGGGUGAAAGCUGGAUACUUCUUCUCCAUUCCUCCUUCCAUUAUAAGGAGUGAACAGAAGCAGAAGCUUGUGAAACUCUUACCUCUGGAAAGUAUGUGCUUGGAAACUGACUCUCCUGCUCUGGGGCCUGAAAAACAGGUGAGAAAUGAACCAAAAAAUAUUUACAUUGCUGCAGAAUAUAUUGCCAAAAUUAAAGGAAUUCCAGUUGAAGAGGUUAUAGAAAGGACUACACAGAAUGCACUGAAAGUAUUCCCCAAACUUCGGAACUUUCUUCAGAUAUAGGUUCAGAAACUGAAAUAUAUGAUAUUGUAGAAACAAUUAUUUAUGGUGUAAUUAAUAAAACCAAUGUUCAUCUUGUCUUAAAGUGGAGUUUUGCUGUUGGAAAGUUCAAGAAGUGAGCAGUGUUCUAUAGCUGCAUAGUGUGAAUAUAGGGAAUUUCUCAAAGACCUUCGGUAUGCACGAUUGUCAUCUCUUGGAUGUGAUAAAGACAGGUUGUUCAUC